AAUCAGGCGCCCGUGCACGCUCGCUCUCGGUAAAUCUAGCACCUCACCGCAUUAGUCGUCUAUCAUCUGCUUCACAUCUCUUAACAUCAGAGCGCCAAUCUGCACCAUCAUACCAGCGUUUCUUCUGCACAUUCUCCAACAAGGCCGACAUCAAGUCUCUGAAUCAUUCAAAGUCAAGUCUCAUAGCAUUCCACUCAACACACCAGGCGUCUUUGACCAAACACAUUCUCAUAUCCUUGCUGCGUGCCUUGCUUGCUUUUGUCUGCUCCUCAUCUCGGUGCGAAUCCCGAUCUCCUCGCACGCGCGCGGAGCCCAUUCUGGCACGGUGCAGCUCGCGCGCAAGAGGUGGUCCCUCACACCUAUGCAACACCUUAGAGCGCUCAUCGAGAUUGUAUCACUAUCAUGCCGCCUCCUAUCCCCUGUCGCGAUCCGAUGGUCUUGGCUGCAGAUGCGCCAUUGGUUCAUCUCGCUUUCCUCAAUCUUCACCUCCACUUUCACCCACCUGGGCUCGUUCUCAGACUUGAUCGCGAUCUCGAAGCCUUCUAUUCUGUUCUAGAGCGCAGAGGCGGGAUGGAUGGAUCAUCUCCUCUUUCCACAACCUCACUUUACUGCAACAUGCCUCAAAUCCACUUACCCAUCGUCGCGGGCCUUCUUCCACACAAUACAAAGCAAUGCAAGCGCUUCUGUCCACUUUUGAACUUUUUGGUGCGAGAAGCGAUUGGAGAGCGAGAUGGUGGCGUUUUGAUUUGCAAGCCUUGAGUGCGAUUGAGCGCAUUGCUGUUGUGCUUGUGAUGAGUAAUCUUGUGGGGUGCGUCGGCCAGGUCUUGGACUUGAAGCAUUCGUGAUUGCCGCA